AGAGGCUUCAAGCUUUUUAUCGCUAAUCCCGUUUGACGUUUGAAGUCAAACUAAACAAAAAUGUUCCAAAGCAAGGAUGGGGCAACACUUUGUGAACAAAUAGUCCAACCGUUUCUGAGCGUACAAUUGCAAGGGCUUGUGGGAUUUGAACAUCUCCGAUCCAUAUCAUCAAAAUUGCACUAGAAUUGUGGAUACAGCUCUUGUAUUGGAUCCAAGUCAAUUGUGCAGGUGUACCGAAUAUAGUGUACAGGAGAGUUUGCCGUUUCUGUGACGUGCCAGCGAAACGUAAACUUUGUUGUAGCGAGCCGCAGCGGUGUGAGAGGAAACCGAAGUAGGGCAUCCUCAUUUCAUGUGGUUUGCGAGUGCGCCAUAAUAACAAGCUAGAAUUAUGCUCAACUUCCCUGUCUGUUUUUUUUUUUUUGUUCCUGUUCGGCUGUUAGGUCAAGCAGAAUGGAAAAUCUGUAUCCCUUGUAUGCCGAAACAGUUUUACUGUGUCGCGGUGGAGUUUUUAAGGUUCCGCUGUGGUUUUAUAAUUGAGGUUUAUUGAGAAUCAGACUUUGAUCAAUCGAACAGAACAAAGUUUCUAGAAGGGAGAAAGAAACAAAGACAAAGGACAAAGCACUAAGUGUAAACAGGAUGAGAGAAGUCAAUCAUUACACUAUCUACAACAAUGAAACGUUAAAUAUGAGUGUCGCAUGGGGCUGCAGUGCUACACCGUGUGAGGGAAGGACAGGACAAGCAUGCAGGACCAGGGUCGUUCAGGACCAGCACAUUCUGCUGUAGAAGGGGGGGGGGAGGGGGGGGGAUGUGGCAUCAAUAAACAUUUGGAAAAUAACUCUCCUGAACAAUACUCAAAGAGCUGACUGCACAUGUUGAAGUGCGCUAAAAUUGGUUUGUUGCCGUGUGGUCACGUGACUUCCUCUUUGCGUUCGCUCUCGAUUUAUCGGCAGGGGAGUGAAACCUCUUUUUGUGUCACCUCUUUGCACAUCUGCCAUCGCGACGCAGAGAGCGAGACAGAAACUCAGCUUUGUUGCUUUUUUUUUUUUUGUUCUAGGGUUCCUUCGUUCCGGUCAAGACGGCAAAAUGUUGAGGCGAAGGCCUUCCAGCGCCUCUGAGAAGGAGCAGGUGCAGAAGAAGAAGCUCACCCUGCAGAGGUCGAGCAGCUUCAAGGACUUCAUGAAGCUCAAAGUCACCUCGCCUGUCACGCCGGAUAAGGAGUUUGUCCUGGACGAGACUGUUGAAGGUGACACGGACGGAGGGAAAAGUGGCAGCAAACUGGGCAAGAAGUGGCACAACGUCAUCUCCCGCACCAUGACGCGCAAGACCUCCAAGAUGGUGCAGACGUUUCUGGCUGAGGAGGGGGCUCUUCAGGGGGAGAGCAGUGAGCAAAUGUCCCCCAUCUCGCCCAAUUGGGGAGGCCAGAGGACGUCUACGUGCUCUACGGGCUCAGAGGACACCGUGUCCAGUCCUGUCACCUGCCCAUUUCCCGGCAACAGCGACAGACAGAGCCUGGACAGCGGUUACUGCCAGAGGGACAGCAUGAGACUGGACGAGAACGUGGUCUCAUUCAACGGACCUUUCUGUGGCCGAGCCGUGGCGCACACCGACUUCACUCCCAGUCCUUAUGAUGUGGACUCCCUGAAACUUCAGAAAGGUGACAUCAUCCACAUCAUUGAGAAGCCUCCCGUGGGCACCUGGACAGGGAAACUCAACCGCAAGGUGGGCUCCUUUAAGUUCAUCUACGUCAACCUCCUGCCGGACGAGAGCCCCCCGGUCAGGCGCAGACGUUGUGACAGCAAGACUAACCGAAACAAGUCCAAACCGUCGACCCUGGAGGAGGUCCUGGACUGCAUUGGUCUGACGGAGUUGACUUCCUUGCUGUCCAUGCAUGGAUUCCAGACCCUGGAAGACUUCACGGGCCUAAGGGAGUCUCACCUCAAUGAGCUGAACAUCACCGACCCGGAUCAACGCGCCGAGAUCCUGAGCGCCGUCGACCUGCUCAGAGACUCUGAGGAUGAAUCCAGUCCGCAGCAGGAAGGAGAGGAGGUGGAGGACAGAUCCGAGGAGGACGCCAAGGAGCCGAGGGACUCGGGCUGCUUUGAGAGCGCUGAGCAGCUGGAUGUGAGGCCUGAGGAGGCUAAAUCAGACAAGGAGUUUCACGAUGAGGAAACCGAACAGGAGGAAAAGAUGGAUGAUGUCCAACAACACCUGCAACAGCUGAUUGUGCAAGACGAAGAGUUGAAGAGUCCACAAUGGUUCAUGUAAAUGUUUAGCAUGGUGGUUAUGGGGGAGUUUUUGGACAGAAGCGGUGAGAAAUCUGUUGUACUUUGGUAAACAAACUGCUUAGUGUUGUUUCCAAGAAAGUGGCCUGUUCAAAUUGUCAUUAUCUUCUUGUUUUGUGAUUGCAUUUCACUCUUCAGUCUUUUGACUCGUACUAUGAGAUUUAUUACACUCUUCCACGUGCUGUAAAUAGUUUUUUUUUGUAGUGUCUCCCAUUUGUAAUGAACACUGAAAAAAUACAUUGACUUUUAAUAUUUUAUA